CACACACUCGAUCCAACGCGUGAGCAGUGAGAGAUCACCAUACCGCCCACAUUCUCAUUCGCGGCUCAGUUUCAGAGAGGGCAGUCAGACCACCACACUUGGAGGAGACCAAAUACUAUUAUAACACUAGGCUACAACGCGCGAACGAACUCUCCUGCAUAUUACGUUCAAAUGGCAGUUGUUACACAAAAAUAAUUGAUAGUAGAAGAAACACUCUUAUCGACCAAAUCCAAUUACAGAGAAUUGGAACUGAGAGGGCGCUUGGGCGUCUGGAGUCCAUCAGUUCCACUAUAAUGGAUACGCACGGGAACCAAAACGUGAGGCGACUCUCGGAAUGAACUGCACAAACUUGCAAGGACAAGUGACCAACGUCAAACCUCAUUAUCAGCCCAGCGCGCAAUCCUUGCGGCUCAUCAUUCUGCUGAUCCUAGUAAUGGGGGUGGCCCCAUCCCCAGCUCUGACAGCGGGAUGCCCGGCACGAUGCAUAUGCGAUGACCAGCUGGUGGUCCAGUGCGCCGGGCAGCACCUCACCGCCUUCCCCACUGACCUGCCGCUGGCCACGCGGCAGCUCAUCAUCUCCAACAAUCGCAUCGUGGAGCUGCCGCCGUUGCAGCUCAACUACCUGUCGGACUUGGUGUACUUGGACUGUAGCAACAAUUCCCUGACGGAGAUUUCUAUGUCCACAUUCGGGAACCUGGGGAAGCUUGCUUACCUGGACUUGUCUUUCAACACCUUAACGCGGAUAGAGGACAGGACGUUCGGUCCGCUCUCUAGCCUCGUGAUGCUGAGAAUGACGGACAACCCCGGCCUGUCGGAUAUUCACCCGGACGCUUUCGCAAAGAACUCGGCGCUGCAGGUGCUGGACGUGAGCCGGAACAACCUGACGGUGCUCAACAUCAGUUCUCUCAUCGCGCUGCCCAUCCUGCGCUCGGUCGGCCUCAGCGGGAAUUCCUGGAGCUGCGACUGCGAUAACGAGGACCUCUGUCUCUGGGUUCACAUCGAGGCAUUCAAGUUUCAAGAUGAGGGCCAGACGGUGUGCCGUGGUCCUCCUGAUCUGCAGGGGCAGCGUCUGGGUGAGCUGGGGCUGCAGCUGCGGUCGCGGUGCCACCAGGGCCUGGGUUCCUGGGACUACCUGUUCUUCCUCGCCAUCGGCUUCGUUAUCUUCGCGGCAGGAACGAUGUCGGCGUGGGCAAUCGGCGUGGUCAUGGUACUGUACGAACGCUAUGUCAAGAAGAAGAGCGAGCAGAUGGACCCAGAUGACGAGGUUGAACAGCACGCAGGACCUGGCACGGGGGGCGCAGGGGGUCACCAUGCCAACCCACGAGGUAAUGGGGAUUUGAAAAACACUGGUCACAUGGUGGUAUGACUCCACCCUGUCCCACAACCUCCAUACCGACUGUGCCUCGGAACCUACAGAACUACAAAACCUUUGAUGUCAUAAAAUGACAGAGGUUGAGAAGAAACUACAAAGCAGAGCACACUGGGAUUAAUAAAAUACAGAAGAGAGACAACGCAGAAAUGUGCCUGAUUUUCAUGGUGAUUGAGAGUUGAAUGGUCAUAGUUCCUUAAAGUCCCAGUGCACAGUGUUUUGUAUCAUAUUGUACAACAGCUGAUGAAUCUAACUUUGUAAAAGUGUGACAAAAUGUGAUCAGUGUUAUUUACUGAUAGUUGAUGGUUGAAAAUACAAUCUAAAUAGGACCUUCUAAAUCAGCAGGUUUUACAUGGAUUGAGUUUUGGCUUGCUUGGUGACAUCACCAGGUGGUUAAGUUAUAGACCAAUAACAAAGUGACUUCCAAACCAGGUUACAUGUCUCUCCCAUUAGGUUCCGCCAAUUAGGCCCCUCAAUCAGACCACUCCCAGACAGUUAUGGCAAAAUUCUUGCUUGAGAAAUAGUUUUUUGCUAAAAAGCUAUUUUUGUUUCUUUUUGACCAUUUUAAUGGAAUACUAUUACAGUAAGGUACUUAACCUUUACCCAGAAAUGACUUAAUAUUGAGAUAAAAACAGCUGCAUUGGGCCUUUAAUAUACUAUAAUAAUAGGAUUCAAUUCUCUGGUCCUGUGUGUGUGUGCUCACUUUGGUAGCCUGUGUGUGUGUAUUGGGAGUUUGACUCCCCUCUACUAUUAGCCAAGAGAUCCUUUCUAAGUAGAGCCCUGUCUGCUGAGGGGCUUGGCUUUAACCCAGCUGGCUGUUGGAGCUAUUCUGACCGGCCUCUCAGUGGGGCCAGGUAAACACAAGACAUGAUAAUUGAUUUCCAGCCUUCCUGCUGUCCGUGUUUACUAGGAUGCAGAGUCUCGUCCACCUCACCUGUCUCUUCAUGCACUGAAUGCACCAAAAACCUUACUGUACCUAGUGAAUUAUAGAACAAUUCUACAGCAAUAACACAAAACACUUCUACUGUGAAGCGUAAUGAUUAUUAUGAAGCACAGUACUAGUCCUACUCUGGGACAGUUGCUUUCAUCUGACCCAACCCCUUUAGAAUACUACUGCCCAUCCAUCAUUCUAUAUCCCACGACGUUAGCAUUGGCUUCUUUUAAAGCGAAAUGCUAUUCAGAUCAGGUGGAUCAACACUUACUCACUGUCCUGUUGGUCCUCUGGCUGCACUAUGACGUUAAUCCUGACUCGAAUGUUAUAAACUUAAUAGAGGUGAGUCUCUCCAUUCAUCCCAACAACAGCAGCUGCUCUAAGGAGAGGUUUGUGGCGGGAUUACAGUGGCUUUGAGGGGCUGUAAGAGUACAUAUCCAUUACACACAAUGGGUUGAUCAGCUGGAGAGGUUGUGUGAGAAGGAAGGAGGGAAGGAGAAAGGGAGUAAACACACACACACACACACACUAGGAUGUGGCGCACAUGGGUGUUAGAGAGAUAAACUGGGGUUCAAGGUGCCCCUCAAGAUGAAUGCACUUCAUUAAUGUGUAGACAGAAUUCAGAAUUUCUGUUCUGAUACAUCUAAGCGACUGGGAGCAUGUUCUCUAGGAAUACUAGAGGUAGUGUUGGCUGUUGGGUUGGUUUCCUGAUCAAAGCAGAGAUGUUACUACAGUUAUCUGACCUUUUAUAGUGACACUGUUUAUGUCUCUCUCUAGUCAACACCAGGCGAGUCUGAACAAGGAGAUAUGUUGGUGGUAUUAACAUAGUACUGUAACCCUCAAAUAGGAGACUCAGGAAUGUGUGUUUCUUUUGAGGGGGGGGGGGGGGGUGAGAAACUAUCUCCCUAGCUUUAUGCAUUUAUUUGAAAUGAUCACCCACUGUAUGCCAACAGACAUUAACAUAUUGUUAGUCUAUCUAGGAGGUUGGAGGGUACUCAUGGACAUUUUUCUUUACUUUUUACCUUUAUUUAACUAGGAAAGUCAGUUAAGAACAAAUUCUUAUUUACAAUGACGGCCUACCGGGGAACAGUGGGUUAACUGCCUUGUUCAUGGGCAAAACAACAGAUUUUUUAACUUGUCAGCUCGGGGAUUGGAUCCAGUAACCGACGCAAGCACCCACAAACGCACACACUCUAUGACCCAAUCCAGCUACACACCAUCUUCGUCAUUCACUGGACAGGGUACUGUGACUCUUCCAAGAUAGCUUAGAGGUCCAUUUAUGUUGAUCACUGAAUAUUGCGCACACAUAAAACACAGGUCUUGUUUGUGGCUUCAUUGAUUGGGUGGGUGAGAGGUUGAGCAGCAUGUGAUCCAGGAAGGAGCAGGCUGUUAGAGUUAGACACAGUCACAGCUGUUUCUCUGAGCUGGCUAGUCACGUGGGUUACGGCGGAAUGGCAGGCGGAAUGACAUCAUGUACCCAUGUGUUUGUGUUCUUAUAUGGAACCAGCAAGGGCCAAGAGUUAGAUUCACUGCCUUGCCUAUACAUAUGCCCCCCCCCCCCCC